GGAGAGAGAGCAACCAAUGGUAUCGUGCUGAGAGCGGGGAGAGGGAAAAAAACAUUGCUGGUUUCGCUGUUGUAGUGGGACUACUUCAUCUUUCCCUCAAGAUGAUGAAGAGACAGUUCAACCGGAUGCGGCAGCAGCUCAGUUACCCUGGCAUCGGUGGACGAGCCCAAGAAACAGCCGAAUACUUGACAGAAGACUUGCUACAGAUUGAACAGAGAAUUGAACCAGCCAAGCGAGCGGCACACAAUGUGCACAAGAGGCUUGUGGCUUGCCUCCAGGGCCAAUAUGGAGCAGACAUGGACAAACGGGUGAAGAAGUUGCCUUUGAUGGCCCUGUCCAUCACCAUGGCAGAAAGCUUCAAGGAACUAGACACUGAUUCCAGCCUUGGAAAAGCUCUAGAAAUGAGUUGCUUCAUUCAGAACAUGCUAGCCAAGAUCCUUGCUGAGUUUGAAAUGGCCCUUGAACGAGAUGUCCUCCUACCCUUGAAUAGACUGAGUGAGGAGGAACUACCCGUCAUCCUAAAACAAAAGAAGAAUCUUCAGAAACAUAUUCUGGAUUGGAAUGCCAUCAAAAGCCGUCUGAACCAAGCCGCCAAGAAUUCCAGUAACAGCGUCAGUGCUAGCACUGGUCCAGCAGGGUCAGCAGCAGCCAUCAAGCUAGAAAAUCUGAAGGAGGAGGAAGAAGAGAUGAGGAGGAGGGUUGAGCAGAGUAAGGAUGAGUACAUGGCAGACCUAUACCACUUUUCAACCAAGGAGGAGAGCUAUGCCAAGUAUUUUAUCAAAUUGCUGGAAAAUCAAGCAGAAUAUCACCAGAAGUCUCUGGAAUCUCUGGCUGCUACUUUGGCAGAGCUGAAGGAGACUCACAACCAGCCAGACUCCCCAUUCCCAAAAGAUCCAGCCGUGCCCGGGGUGUAUGGGAUGCCACUGGAGACUCAUCUGAAGGCUUCUGGGCGGGAAAUUGCGCUCCCCAUUGAAGCCUGUGUCAUGAUGCUGCUGAUGUCGGGGAUGCAGGAAGAGGGGCUCUUCCGGUUGGCAGCUGGAGCUUCAGUGCUGAAGAAACUGAAGUACAGCCUUGCUAUUGGCUCAAGCAUGCUGGAUGAAUUCUAUACGGACCCUCAUGCUGUGGCAGGUGCCCUCAAGUGUUACCUGCGAGAACUGCCCCAGCCAUUGAUGACCUUUGAACUCUAUGAUGAUUGGCUCAAAGCUGCUAGCCUCAAAGAGCCAGAAACUCGACUGGAGUACCUCAGGGACAUUUGCAACCGUCUCCCCAAGGACAACUACAACAACAUGAGGUAUCUGAUCCGUUUUUUAGCCAAGCUGGCUGAACAUCAGGAAGUGAAUAAGAUGUCCCCAAGCAACAUUGCUAUUGUCCUAGGGCCUAACCUGCUGUGGCCCCAACAGACUGAUGGGUGCCAGGUGCAGCUAGACGUGGCUUCUGUUUCCUCCAUCCAAGUUGUGGGCAUUGUGGAACCCCUGAUACAAAAUGCGGAGAUCCUCUUCCCAGGAGAUAUUGACUUCAAUGUCUCUGGUCUCUUCACUCCCCCGUUAGACAUCAAAGUUGGAGAAGCCUCUGAAACAGAGGAACCUCCAGCCUCCCCACUCCCUCCAGAACCCACUUCACCAUUGCUGGGGGAUAGGAAAAAUCCUGAGGUGACCCCAGGAAUAGCUUCCUCAAAGGUGGCCCAAUCUUCUACUGAAGCAGCAGUCUCCUUGCAUACUCCUGUUCCUGCUGAUGAUGCUGCCACACGGAAAACAAAGCGGGUGGCUCCACCCCGGCCCACAGUGCCUCCUCCACCCCUGGUCCAGCCUCGGACCCCGCCUCCGGUGCGCCUUCAAACCCAGCCGCCUGCCCCCGAGUCUCCCUCUGCCCCUCGAGCCCUGCCUCGAAGAACAGUAGGAGGAGCCACGAGAGCUCCCUCUGUGCCGCCACCACUGCCGCCCCAGCCAGCCAGGCGUCAGAGUCGCAACGCUUUGCCGUCCCCAAAGCUGCCUCCCGAAACUCUGGGCAAUGAGGCAGCGGCGUCUGCACCUGAAGAACCUCCUCCUGGUGACGGCAGUGUAGAAGUGUUCAAAGAUUCUACCCCUGUGGUGACAGAAUCCCACGAACCGCCGUCGGUGGGAAGCAGCAGCUCUCCGUCCACACCAGAUCUGAAAGCCGAGACCCUGGAGAAUGACUGUCCUUCUGCCUUCAGUCACCAGGGGCGGGUAAUAUCCGCCUCCGUCCCCCCGCCAAUCAUAGCUGCUCCUGUCGUCCGGUUGGUGGCUGAGCCUCGCAGCCCCGUUUCGCUCGGACGCGUCGACACCUCGAUUGGUGCCCCGCGGCCACGCCCCCUGCGCUCUUCUGUCCUUCCACGCUGCGGUGUGCUUGUGAUUGGCUGCCCUACGGAGAAGGGCGGGGGGGGGAGGAAGAGGCGGGCCGCCCGCCCGGUGGGUGUGGGGGGGGGCGGUGAGUGCGGUCCCAGCAUGGCGGGCUGCAGGCGGUUGAGCGGCUCUUGCCUGCGCGAGGUGCUGGGCGAGGCGCAGGGGGUGCUCUUCGACUGCGACGGGGUCCUGUGGACCGGGGAGCGGGCGGUGCCCGGCGCGCCGGAGCUGCUGGAGCGCCUGAGCGCCAACGGGAAGGCCGCGCUCUUCGUCUCCAACAACAGCCGCCGCUCCGUGGCCGAGCUGGAGCGCCGCUUCUCCCGCCUGGGCUUCCGCGGGGUGCGAGGCGAGCAGGUCUUCAGCUCCGCGCUCUGCUCCGCGCUCUACCUCCGCCAGCGCCUCCUGGGCGGGGAAGCCGGCGCCGGGGACUCGCCCGCCUCCGCCCCGGGCCGCGUCUUCGUGCUGGGCGGCGAAGGGCUGCGCGGGGAGCUGCGGGACGCCGGGCUGCGCUUGGCCGGCGAAGAAGGCGACGACGAAGGAGAAGGGCCGCCUGGCCAGGAGGCGCUCCCGGUGCGCGCCGUCGUCGUCGGCUACGACGACCAGUUCACCUUCGCCAAGCUCUCCGAGGCCUGCGCCUACUUGCGCGACCCGCAGUGCCUGCUCGUGGCCACCGACCCCGACCCUUGGCACCCGCUUAGCAAUGGGCAGCGCACGCCGGGGACAGGGAGUCUCACUGCUGCAGUUGAAACAGCAUCUGGGCGCAAGGCAAUGGUAAUUGGGAAGCCAAACACAUACAUGUUUGAGUGCAUUGUGGAGCGCUUUGGUGUGGAUCCAUCCCGCAUGCUCAUGGUGGGUGACCGGCUGGAAACAGACAUCCUGUUUGGCAAGAACUGUGGCCUUGAUACGGUCUUGACCCUGACAGGCGUCUCGCACCUAGAGGAGGCACAGGCUUACAUGGCCAGCGACAGCCCAGCUGCAAAGGACCUGGUGCCUCACUACUAUGUGGACAGUAUUGCAGACUUGAUACCAGGCCUGGAUGAGUAAAGGGAAAUAUGGGUGGGCAGAGGUCCUAAUUGCAUUCCAAACUGCCACCCUUUCCUACUUCUGUGUCCCUCUCUCCUUGUUUCCAGCCUCAUCACAUUCCAGUGUUUGGUCAAGUGGGGUGUUAGUUCCCCAUUCAUUAUUUGAGCACAUUCUAUUUUAUUUUAGCCACCUGUAAGGGAACAGGAAAUCUUAUGUGAAAGUGUGGGGUGUUUACAGGCCAAACCAGUAUUUAUUUAUUUAUUUAUUUCCCCCCACCUUUUGGCAUGAUGUGGUUAUUUAUUUAAAUUAUUUUUGUUUUACUGUUGCCAGUGGUGGCCUUUUCUUUCUUCCUUUUUUACUGUUGUCCUCUGCUUUGUUUGAAGCACAAUGAUGUGCUUGUUGUUGUGUCUGUUCCCAAGCUUAAAUGAGGCAACAUUUGUGCCAGUGUUACUUAUCUCUCCUACUACCACUGCCAUACCAUGCCAGUUUGGGGGGGUCUUGUCCCAGAACUCUUGCUGCGAAAAAGGGAGCUUCAGAUCAGUUGAGAAGCAACAUUGUGCCUCCGCAGAAUGGCUCUUUGGGACAAUUCCUUUGGUUUAUAUAUAUGCAGACAGUUAUAACUAUACAGCUUUCCCAGAUUGAUAUGAGCUGAGGCUAGGUUUUUUGAUGCAUGCUAUGUAUAUGACCCAUCCUGAUACUGUUCGGUAUAUUCAUCCACAGGAAUUACUCCACAGUGCUAUGUUACGCAGGACAAAAUUCUCAACUGGCUCAGACAAAAGGAACUUAAGAGUGUUAAAUCUAGAGUAUGUACAACUCAAACUGAAUUAAAUAUGAAGGAAUGGUAUUUUCUGUCUUGAGAGUUUUCUCAGGUAACAUACUGUUUAUCAAUCCAGUUUAAUUUUGGAGUAUGGGAUUGAUGUAGCAACAACAAAAUAAACUGCGAAGAACUAUUUUUGUGCCAUGGUGUUCUGAAUUGGCAGUCACUUUGUCUUGGUAGUCCUGCAGUGUUAACAGCCUCUAAACAUUCCUGCCUCUCUACAGAGGCAGGAACGUAGUGAGUCCCCCCCCCCCCCCAAUUCCUGACUGGCUGAACUAAUGAAAUAAUCAGUAAAUCAUUUAGCUCCUGUCUGUGCCUGAUAGGAUGCAACACUAUCCUAGGAAAGGGAUGAACCCUGGUCCCUCCCACCCCCUUCCCGCCCUGCUGUGGUGUGCUUGAUCUGUGGGAUAAUGUUGGCAUUUCCAGUACUUUCAAUGUGCCACAGCAUCCCAAAAUCAGUCAUUGCUGCUUGUCUUUUUAUGGUUUAUUAUGUAUUCAAAGUGAUUGUAUAAAUUAUGCUGAUCAGUUGUGCCAAGGUGGGUAUGUAGCUUCCGGGCCCACUCACUACCUGUACCUCCAUGUUGCUGUGGUUUUCUGACAUUUGCUGUCAUUCUGCAUAUAAUAAAGUGCAGGCACGAAAUGGAA